AUGCGCGCUGCUAUCAUUACCGCUCUGGCGUCCGGCGCCAUCGCCGCCCGCCCGUUCCUCAACGAGCCGGAUACCGGUAUCGAUGGCGUUCUGCCCGACCUGAAGGUCGGCACUCUGCCCGAGCUCGCCGACAUGGUCGGCCUCCCCGACUUCGACUUCGCUGCUCGCAACUACCUCCCCCUCCAGAACUACACCUACUACCGCAACGGUGCCGCUGGCGAGUGGUCGUACCGCAACAACCUCGAGGUCUACAACCGUUACCGCCUCCGCCCCCGUGUCAUGGUUGACAUCACCAACAUCGAGUCUUCCCUGAACACCACCAUCCUGGGACACAACUUCUCUGCCCCCUUCUUCAUCAGCCCCUGCGCUCGUGCUGGCUACGCCCACCCCGAUGGCGAGCUCAACCUGAUGAAGGCCGCCGGCGCUGAGAACAUCCUGUACAUGCCCUCUCUGUACGCCUCCAAGACCAUUGAGGAGAUCGCCGCCGUCAAGAAGGAGGGUCAGGUCGCUUUCCAGCAGAUUUACCUGACUGCCAACGACACCGAGACCCAGGCUCUCUUCAAGCAGAUCGAGGACUCCGGUGCUCAGGGUGUUGUCUACACCGUCGACUCCGCCGCCGAUGGCAACCGUCACCGUGCCGCCCGCUUCGGUGUUGGCUCCGCCGACUCCUCCUACUCCUAUAUCACCUGGGACGAGUACCACCGCCUCGCCAACAUGACCAAGCUCCCCUUCAUCAUCAAGGGAAUCAUGAGCGUCGAGGAUGCCGAGGCCGCCAUUGAGAACAACGUCCCCGCCAUCAUGCUCUCCAACCACGGCGGUCGCCAGCUCGACGGCUCCCCUUCCUCCCUCGAGGUCGCUCUUGAGAUCUACGAGAAGGACCCCGAGAUCUUCAACAAGAUCGAGAUCUACGCCGACGGUGGUGUCCGCUACGGUGUUGAUGCCAUCAAGCUCCUCGCCCUCGGUGUCAAGGCGGUCGGUCUCGGCCGCCCUUUCAUGUUCGCCAACGUCUACGGUGAGGAGGGUGUCACCAAGGCCAUCCAGAUGAUGAAGCACGAGCUUGCCAUUGACGCUGCCAACCUUGGUGUCCCGGACCUCAAGAAGAUCGACGCCAGCUACGUCAAGUGGACCCCUAACAACUGGUACUCUUAG